UUCUGGGCCUUUACCUUGAACGGCCUUGACGAAGUAAUUUACCCAGGGUGGUUACCUGUUUUCAACCAUCCCAGAAUUUUACCUCCCCUUUAUCCCCAUCUCUUUCGAGGGCCAUGGUCAUCUCAUUCAUCCCAGCCAUUGACGAAGUCGCUCAUGUUGCCAUUCCAGAAUGGCACGCGACUGACUCUACUGUUGAAUUGCGCUUUUCUGCCGUCCUUGGAGACGAAGAAUUUCAGCAAUUUAAGAAGAAUGGCAUGAAAGUACAGGUCUGGUCUAAUCUUCCUCUUGGUCGAAGGAAUGAAGGAGAAUGGGGAGAGAUAGAUCUGCACGAGGCUGACGAGCCCGCCUCCGACGGCUCUUCCGAUGACUCUCAGAUAUCGCUUGUAGCUCUGGAGGACGUCAAAGCCAAAGCAGAGAAUCUUCUUUUUGCAAUUUGCUCCGUCCCUUUUUCUGGAAGCUCUGAUGACUAUUACUCCUUCACCUAUCGGAUUGUCUAUCCCUCCGGAGAAAUCCAUUGGCUUGGUCAGUUCGGCCAAAAUGGAAUGGUUCAUAUCAAUACUGCCUCGAAAAACGAUUCUGGUAUCGUUUUUGAGGAAGGAUUGGUAGCAAAUACUGCGCCUUUUGUUUGGAAUACACGUGGGAGGCAGGUGGAAGACCUUCUAAUCGCACAAGUCGCCCACCCAGAAGAUUGGUCUGUAUGGACUGUUGGAAAAGAUAGCCUGUUUAAAGGUCCCGCAACCAGUGCUUCUCUGGUUUUGCUGGUGCCCCACGUCCGACCCUACGCGGUACAUUGUCCCAAGACUGUUCUACUCAGUGCAUCAUCUGAUACAUCUAUCUCCGUGAACGCUUCGGGAAAAAUACAGGCUACGGGUCCAGGCUCCUUGCUUCUGCAAACCUUCAAUCCCGCUGGUUUCGCAGAAUCAUUUCUCGAUAAAAUCUUUGCCCAUAGCCCCUCUCUCAAUCAUCGACUCUUCGGUGUCUUUGGGGAUUAUAUUGGAUUGACUUCUUUUUCUGCAGGUUCAUCAGUUCAGGCAAUUCUUGUUCCGCUUAUACCCUCCGGCUUUGUUUCCCAGAUCGAUAUCGCAUCAGCUUCUUUGGCAAGCAUAUUGGACACAAAAACGGCAGAGUACACUAUCUUUUCUGAUGCUCGGCCAAGUGUUCAAUUUGCUCAUCCUGAGUCUGGAUUGGUGCGAUUUUCUGUUCCGUCUUCUGGAGGGCUUUUUCUUCUCACUCCGCUUUACCGCAUUUCUACUAUCUCGAGAAAUUUGGAAGCUUCGGGCCCAACGCCGGGAAAUCAUCUAUCUCUCAGUGUAUUGUCUCCCCAUUCGAUUGCGGGAGUCGCACCAGUAGAAGAUACGGUUCUUCCAACUCCGCCUCCUUCUCCUCAUUUACAUCCCAUCGCCCAUUUGACGUCACCUUCUAAUCACUCGACCUCAUCAAUUUCGGAACUCGAUGAGCAGGGUGCAAUCUCUCCCACCAAUGAUAUCCAGAAGGAUGCUAUCGUAUUAGAAUCUGCCUCGUUGCGAACCCUUCGUCCUCCGAUUGACCGCGAUCAAGUAUCUGUAUUAACACUCACCCGCCAAUCAUCUCCUUCGCUCCUGAUCGAAGCACAUCGGGAGAAUAGGCAGAACAUCCUUGUUGCGUUCAUGAGACACCUCUAUCUCGCGCUGAUUCUCUGGUUCUCGAUGGUUUUCCGUGAACUCGUCGGUGGCUCAGCUUCCGAUGUCAGGGAGGACUCGCCGGUGGAACAGAGCUCAUCUCAAUCAAUUCCGGAUACAGCUAAUAGUUACGGUUUUUCACCUGUCAACGAACACACUCCGCUGUUAUCUCGCGUGAUUCCGCCUUCACCAGUGGAUGAGCCUUUGAUUCAAGCUUCGGCUCCCCCUGCCUCUGUUGUUGCGCCUGUUCCGUCGCAGACUAUCUCAUCCCCUCCGAUUCUGGUCCAAUUUGAUUUGCUCGAUGCAAAAUCGGGGCCCCGUGGGUUAGUUUUCCGUGACACCAGUGGUUCGUUGACAGGGGACAAUCUCUCUGACAAUGUAGUCGUCGAGAUUAACGAACAAAAUGUUCCUUUGAACAAUGAGGUAUGGCUCACUAAAGGUGUGCUCUAUCUCGGUAUUGAUGGGGAGAAACCUGGGCGGGUGAACAUCAAAAUCACAUCCAAUUUCUUGUGAAAUCGGUGUAGUUAUCUCAUGUACGAGUUAUGUAACAUGUUCAGUGUUGUAGACAUUUCUUGGAUUUAUGUUUGUACUGUAACUGUAACGUGUACCUCGGUCAUGGCCUGUAAAGCAGUUCAUACUUAGAAGUCUCGGAAUUGCAUUGUUGUUAUAUUUCAUUCCAAUACAAUCAUGUUUCAAGGUAUUGCUUUUAGCUUAACGGUAGAAGUCGCUUGAGUGUUCCUGAUCAUCGACCUCUCGUUCAAGAUUUCUGCGGUUAUUACUAUAAUUCAAGACAGUCUGAUUAACUAUGUCGUCCAACAUUUCUGCAGGUAAGUCGAAUUCCGACGUUCGGACAACAGCAGUGUACGCAGCUGCAAAAGAGCUAGGUGA